AUGGCCAGCUCUGACGGGGAGACAUUCCCUCCCAGGAAAUGGUACAGAAGAGUCCCUUUCCUGUCGCAGAAGCCCAUCGAGACGAAGCUCACACAACGACAUCUGAGCCGGAAGGCGCCAACCCCAAGCCAUGCUGAGGCCGCGCGAGGCAAUGAAUUUCAGACUUAUGAGACCAUGACACCGGAAGCGCGCGCCAACCUGCUCUCUGUCAUCACGUUCGACUGGCUCAGAACCCUCAUACGAACGGGCUACAGCAGGCCUCUGCAGUCCGACGACCUCUAUGACCUCCCCAACAAUCGGUUGGUGAUCGAUCACGCCGACCGGCUAGAGAAGGCUUGGACUUCAAGGUUGGAUUGCAAUCGACAGAGGAAACCCAAAUCUGGCUUGUUCUCCUGGAGGCCCUUCUGGGCGAGACGCACCACCGAAAGCACAGUCCUCGCCCUCGCGCUCAACGAUGUGACCUUUCAGUGGUUUUGGCUGGGCGGAAUACUCAAACUACUCGGCGAUCUGACGCAGAUCAUAUCACCCUUGCUCAUCCGCUUCCUCAUCAACACCCUCUCCGAUCCAUCCCAGCAGGCAUACCGGGCAGGAUUUGGCUACGCCGUGGGCCUCUUCGCACUGCUUGCCUUCUCCGUCACCAGCAACGUACAUGGCUUCUACCGAUCCUACACGACGGGUAUCCUGCUGCGAGCAGCACUGAUGCACGUUAUCUACCGCAGGGCAACGACCAAGCUCACCGAGCGCGCAAAGCUGACGCAAGGUCUGGGAACAGGCAAGCUGAUGAGCCUCAUGAGCGCCGAUGUGACGCGCGUAGACUUUUGCUGUGCGUACUUCCACUCGGGAUGGACAAGCAUAUGCCAGAUCAUACUCUGUCUAGCCCUCACGAUAUGGUCGAUGGGAUACAGCGCCUUGCCGGGUUUCGGCUUGCUGGCACUUCUGUACCCUCUUCAGUCGUUCAUGAUGAAGACCCUUUUAGCUCUGCGCCGCAACAGCAUGCCGUUCACAGAUGCUCGCGUCAAAGCCGUGGUCGAGGCUGUCUCUACCAUCCGCCUCGUCAAGACCAAUGCAUACGAGGAGAGCCUCUUAGAAAAGAUUGGACACCUCAGGAAAGACGAGGUUGUGUACAUUCGCAAACGCAUGUUACUCCGCGCCCUCAACAUAGCCGUCUCCUUCACGGCGCCCACCCUCGCCGCCGUGGUCAGCAUCGUGUGCUACGGCGCGACGAGCGAAGAUGGGAUGCGGGCCGAUGUUGUCUUUUCCUCCCUGGCUUUCUUCUUACUGCUGCGGCAGCCGAUGGGAGCUUUGCCCAUUGCCAUCUCAUCCGUCGCGGACGCUAUGGCUGCUCUUGAGCGCCUAGCGGUGUUCAUGGUGUCUUCUGACGAGCACAUGGCGAGCGAUGCAAAACUUCGAGGGGAUUUGCAGAAAAGGGGACGAGAAGCGCCAGACGAGACAGUUGUCCAAGUGGAAGAUGCCACUUUUGCUUAUCACGACGACAAACAGCUCCUGGCAAAUGACGGCGUUGAGGAUGAGAAAACACCAGCUGAGAAAUCGCAGAGGCUUUACAUUGACUCAUUCAAGGUCAAAAAGCAGAGCCUCGUCUGCGUCGUUGGCGCUGUUGCCUCUGGGAAAAGCUCGCUGCUUGGAGCUCUCUUGGGCGACAUGCACCUGGUGAGUGCACAGUCAUGCCACAUCAAUCUCGACAAGUCAGCCUCCGCGGAAAUCGCCCUCGCGCCACAGGCAGCCUGGCUCCUGAGCGAGACGGUUCGUGAAAACAUUGUGUUUGGGCGACCAUUCAACCCUGUUUGGUACGAGGAGGUUAUCCGCCGCUGCUGCUUGCGACCCGAUCUUGAGAUCCUUCCCGAGGGCGACAUGACUGUCGUUGGUGAAAAGGGUGUCUCCCUCUCCGGUGGCCAGAAACAACGCAUCAGCCUUGCGAGGGCGAUCUAUGGUCGCAGCCAGCUGCUUCUGCUGGAUGACUGCUUUUCUGCGCUGGAUGCACAUGUCGGUGCGCGCGUCUUUGACAUGGUCCUCAACCAAGCGCGCAGGAAUGGCGAAGGCACCGUCGUGCUCGUGACGCACUCCAUGGUGUUUGCUCGCCAGGCUGAUCAUGUUGUGUAUAUGGAUAAAGGGCGUGUGGUGAGCCAAGGGUCAUUUGACUAUUUGAGGACCCAUGACGAUUCUUUCCGCAGCUACAUCGGGUCUGCAAUGGCUGCAGAACAGACUGCGGACGCUGGGCCUGUGAGCUCUGCUCAAGCAACUCAGCAUGAGGAGACUGACUUGCCGCCCGCUGGUGUGAAUCAAAAGGCUGAGCGAGCCCAAGACCCGCCAAAGGAGAAGACUGUUGAUUCCGCUCCCGCCGAUGCGAAGGCAGCCCCAGCAGACCGAGGCAAAGAGAUCAUGCAACGCGAAGAGAGACUGGUGGGCACCGUCAGCGGCAAUACGUACUGGCGUUACAUCAAGUUCGGCAACGCCGUGAUCACCGUACCGCUCUUCUUCCUCUCCAUUGUCGUCUACCAGGGCUCGAGCGUCGUCUCGCCUCUGUGGCUUAGCUGGUGGCAGGACAAAAAGUACGAGUCUAUCAGUGAAAGCGCUUACAUGGGUGGCUUUGCUGCCUUUGGAAUCGGGCAGUCUCUGGGCUUGUUCUUCAUGAGCGCCACUUUCGCCCUCUUCUGCUUCUGGUGCUCCAACAAACUCCAUGCAGCAGCUCUGACGAAUGUCCUCCUCGCCCCUGUCGCCUUCUUUGACACCACGCCGCAGGGACGCAUCACCCAUCGCUUCAGCAAGGAUGUCGACGCCGUCGAUAAUGUGGUCGGCGAGCAGUUGCGAAUCUUCAUGUCAACUCUGGUGCAGGUGAUUGGGACCAUCAUCGUGGUCAGCAUUAUUCUGCCCGUCUUUGUGGCCAUUGCUGCCGGUGUUCUGCUGAUCUAUAUCUGGACGGGCAUGUACUAUCGUCCGUCGGCACGUGAGCUUCGUCGUCUCAACAACCUGCUGCGAAGCCGCAUCUACGAACACUUUGGCGAGUCUCUUUCUGGGCUCCCAACACUGAAAGCAUUCGGCGCAGUCGAUCGCUUCGUCGAGGACAAUGCUCGCAAGAUUGAUACCGAGAACACAGCCUACUGGCUCUCGAUUGCUUGUGUGCGAUGGCUCAACCUUCGCCUCGACCUCUGUGGCGCAACACUCGUGCUUGGAGCAGGCCUCCUGGUCGUUGGUCUCCGCGACACCAUCAACCCGUCAUCGGGUGGUGUGGUCCUGUCGUACAUUGUCACCGCGCAGGCGGCUUUUGGCAACAUGAUCCGACAGAGCGCCGAGAUUGAAAACAAUAUGAAUUCGGUGGAGAGGAUGCUGCACUACGCCUACAACAUCGAACAAGAGCCAGCCCACAAUGUCGAAAAAGCGGACAGACCGCUCAAGGAGUCGAAUUGGCCCAACGAAGGGCGCAUCAGGAUCGAAUCCUUGACGCUGAGCCACCGCCCUGGCUUGGACCCGGCCCUCAAGGAUGUGACGCUCAAUAUCAAGCCUGGUGAGAAGAUUGGUAUUGUCGGCCGGACGGGUGCUGGCAAGUCAACAUUGAUCACAGCAUUGUUGAGGCUCACUGAGCCUACAAGCGGCCGAAUAAUCAUCGAUGAUACGGAUAUCCAUACAAUUGGUCUGCAGCUCCUACGAACGCGCCUGUCCGUCAUCAGCCAGGAUGCAGUGCUUCUCGCGGGCACAGUCAGAUACAAUCUCGACCCUUUUCAGCAGUACGAUGAUGCAUGGUUGACCAAGUGUCUGCAAAUCGUUGGUCUCGACGCUGAUGAGAGCUCCGAAAAGGCCUCUGAGCUCGAGGGCAGCGACGCGAGCGACUUUGACAAGGGUCGAGAAGGCAGCACGUCUGUCCUCCACCUCGACUCUCAAGUCAAGGAGAAUGGCACCAACAUCUCCCAUGGCCAGAGAUCCCUCAUCUCCAUCGCUCGUGCUCUCGUCCGACGGGCCAAGAUUGUUAUUUUGGACGAAGCAACGGCUUCCAUUGACGGCAAGGCCGACAAAAGGCUACAGACCAUGCUGAGAGAUGUCAUGGGCGAUGCCACUGUGCUCACCGUGGCGCAUCGUCUGGACACGAUUAUUGACUCGAGUGAUCGCGUCCUAGUCAUGGACCGCGGGCGGGUCGCCGAGUUUGACAGCGUGCCAGUGUUGUAUGCACGGCCGGAAAGCUUGUUUCGAGCGCUCUGCAAUGCUGCCAAGAUUACUGUCCCAGGGACAGGUAGCUAA